CAUCCGUUCACUGAGGCGGCUCGAUGGUGCUACGCUCACCGAAAAAUCCCAGAGACGAGCAACGCGUUCGGUCGGUUGUUUGUGUGUGUCAGUGGGUGAACAGUGCGUAUGAGUGAUUUUCCGUGGCACUGAAGGAGGCCCAAAACGAACCGGUGGACCUUAAAGUUGUUGGGUAAACAACGGAAAGUCGGUUAAGCGUGGCAAGUAACGGGUUGCGGAUUGAAUAAACAAGGCCAAGAGCGAAUGUAUGGAAUGGAAUGUGCACAAACUGCAGAAAAAUUCAAAGAAAAAGUUACACAAAUAUUCAACAACAAAUCAAGCCAAAAAUAAGCAUCAACAUCAACCGGAAAUCAACUAAAUUGUCGUCACUCCAAUCAAGUGGAAAUUUGAUUAAAAAAAGGAGAGAAGGGAGGCCAAAGGAAAAUAACUGAAGGGAGAGCAGGGGAAAAUUUGAUAAAUUCGAAAAAAGGCAAUAGACGAGUACGAGUGCGAGUGCGAGUGCGGAAGGAAAAUAGAGUGCGGGUCUAUCAAAAGGUAGCAGCAAAGGAAAUCAACACCCACGCACAUGAACGAGUUUGUUGCACGGGUGCGGCAAAACAUUAAAAAUCAGCGGAGCGUGAAGCUUACACAAAGCUCAAAAAAAUCUAGAGUCCCACAUGAACAAAGCGAGCGAAAAAUACGUUGCACUGAAACACUAAAAAUAAAAACAGCAAUACAACAGAGUAACGAAGGGAGAGAACAAAUUGUAGUGCAAAAAAUUAAAAGAUUUCACUGGGGGAACAACUAAGCCAGCUCUAGAAGAAAGGCGAACAACAAGGACGAGCCAGCUGACGGCCAGGACACAUAAACGUCUUUUCUCUCCUUUGGGCUGGCGCACGAAAUUAAGUGCAGAUUAUCAGAAGAUUAUAUUUUAAUAGCAUUUCAAGCUGUUUCCUUUGGCCAACAAAGGCGAGGCAGGACCUCCCCGAAAAGGACUCCGCUGGAGGACGCCUGACCCCAGGACGAUUGUGUAUGUGUGUGCUACAAGUGCGGCUUACUACAUGAUUACCGCCAAGGAUUUUUCUCGGGCCUCCGUUUCGGGAUUCUGUGCCUGCGAAUAGCUGGGCAAACACAUAAGCGUGCCAGAAAUUGAAAUUAAAGAUGGAAUUAAGUGUCGCGAGUGCAUGUGUCGGCUUAACAAAUAUUGUGUGAUAGUGCCUGUGAGUGUUCCUACACCGUAUCCCCAAUAUCGAGCAUACGCCGUGUGGCCCACCCUAGAAAGCGAAGCGGAAAUAGCAACAGAAUUAGCUCGGCAGAGAAAGGAAAAAUUGAGAAAAGAAUCGGAGAACCAGAGAACUGCAGAGCUGGAGAACUGGAGAACUGGAGCGUGAGGCCCAACUAAACAGGAGAACUGACUUUCAAUCCGUCAAGUCAAGUACUCCUAAUAUUAAGUUCACCGUCAGUUUACUCAAGGGAAGAACGGCGUUUUCAAGUUAUUAUAGGCAAACAUCCGGCGGCGACUAAGCCAAGUCUAUUAACAGGGCAAACAAAGCCAGCCCGCCAAAGAGGAACUGAUUGCAAGGAAGCGAAAAGAAUGUAAGCAGUCAAAAAAAGGAAGAAAUCCGAAAAAGCUGGCAAUGAGAGGGCCAAGACGGCAAGGGGCGAGGGCCAGAAUUGAAACAGUUAGCUGGCAAAUCGGAUUGCGAAUCUGCUGUAUUGACACAAGGAAACCGUUAGCCGGCUUAGCCAGCAAGAGGGCAAAUUUAAAAUUAAAAAUAUAGCAAGCAAGCCCGUUUGAAAUCAAAGUGAUAUGCUAAUGCCCCAGUCGCGAAGGACUCGAAGUCGUGUGGCAUGAAUAUUUCAUGAGCGGAGGAGUGAUGACAAUAAGCCGGCUCCGGGAAUAAAAGACGCGCAGAGUGAAAUCAGGACGAUGACGGAGCUAAGACGGGCUAAUGGCCUGCACAAGCAGCACUCCCUGAGAGAUCGACAGGUGCAUCCCAUGCUGCACGCCUUGGCGGAUCACGGCUGCAACCUGAGCAGCGGUGGCAACAGUGCGGCCAGCACCACCAGCAGUAGUACGGCCACGGCCACCACAGCACUUGGUGGUGCCGGUGGUUUGGGCGGUGUGGCUGGCUUGAACGGUGGUGCUUGCAUAACAAGUCAGCGGAGCGUGGAGUUCGAUGAGCAUGACAUCUUCUACGUCUCACCAUCGAAGCGAAAAGGAGCCACUUCAGGUUCCUCCGGCAAUGUGGUGACCUUCUCGAACUUUGUGAGCGAACAGCGCCUAACGCCCUCGUCGUCGAACCGUGGAUCCCUGAAGCGGAGCAAGGGCCGCUCCAAUCAGUCCCUGUGCAGCUGCGAUGCUGGCGACGAGGCCCAACUGGAUUUGCAACCGAAUGCGGCAAGGCCGCUGUACGAGUACAGUCUGGAACGAAAGCGUAAGACACACACAUACUCCUGCGAGCAGAAUGCGCAGAUACUUAUGAGACUGGAGCGCGAGCGUAAUCGUAAAUUAUCGCUGACUGGGAUGGAAACGGGAUUGGGAAUCGGGCUGGGACUGGGACUGGGAGUGGGAAUGGGAUCUGGAGGAGGAGCAGGAACAGGAACAGGAGCAGGAGCAGGAGGAGGAGGAGGAGACCCCCAGAGCGACACGCCCAGCUUGUCGGAUGUGGAUGUGAUACCGCCUGUGCCACCACCCCCAUCGAUGAAACGCAAUGGCAGCAUGCGCAGCCUGCGAUUGUUGCAACAUUUGCAGCAGCAGCAGCAGCAACAGCAAAGCAGCCACAAUAACAACUUGUCGCAGCUGUGCAGCAGCGAUCUGUUGCAAGAGUGCACUAAGUCUGCACUGGAUGAGUGUACUGCCACAUUGCUCAAGUGCACCACAACUAGCAAUCACAGCAGCAGCAACAGCAACAGCAAUGCGAGCAACAAUUGCAACAUCGCUGCCAGCAUUAGUCACAAUAACAACAAUCAGGUGAAGCCGGACCUCUGCCAACCGCCCGGCCACGCCCACAAUCACAGGCAUAAGCUGCCCGGCAAUGCCACGCCCACAACCAACCCGCCACCGCCCCCGCCCCCUUUUGCCGCCCACGAGGAGGACGAGAUAUUCUCGCCGCACUCAAAGAAGUCGGACCCGAGCCUGUGCUUCCUGCCAGGCGGCGGCAAUACGUCCUCGAAAUACAAUACCAUCGGGCCGAGCAGCGAUUAUGCACGGCAUUUGGCGCACUAUAGUCGCUACCUGCAGAAGCAGCACCACCAGCAACAAAUGGCGCACUUUCAGCAGCAGCGCUGUCGCUGCUUCUCGCAGUCCUUGCUGAGUUUUCCGCAGCAACAGCAGCAAAAGCAGCAGCAAAAGCAACAGCAGCAGCAGCUGCAACAUGCAGACGCACAACAACAUCAGGAGGCAGCCGAGCAGCCGGCAAUCUUUCACACCAGCAGCAUGGACUGGUCGCUGCCAAUUAAUAGUCGCAGCUUUGGCAAUUUGGUGAACAUCGACGGUUCGGGCGGUACUGGUGGUUGCCGUGUGCCGUACCAGAAAAUGCAUUCGGGAACCGCAGUUUCAGGUGGUGCAAUGGCCAACGGCUGCCUGGGCCUGGGCCUGGCCGCCUCAUCCACAUUUACGCUCACAUCCUUCGACAGCGACAUCGGACACGGCCUCAAAGAACACGAGUCGCAGACAUCACUGCACCAUCCGCACACGCUUCCGCAUCCGCAUCCGCAUUCGCACACCCACUCGCAUCCGCAUCCGCAUCAUUAUCACGCCCAUGUGGGUGGUGCAGCGGUGGGCGGUGCGGUCGGCGGAUCAGGUUCGGUGACGCCGCAGAAGCACCACCAGCUCCACUCGAGCGUGACGAGCAUCAUGCCAUGGAAGCACCGCCAGUGUCCCAGCAGGGGAUCCUCCAGCUCCGGCACGAACUCGUUCCGAUUCGAUGCAGCCAAGCACUGGCUAGCAGUGAGCUCCAUCCUCCUGAUAAUUGGCGCUGCCAGUGUGGCCGUGCCACUGGCGCUACGUGUGGCAGCAAGUGCACCCUUUGAGGAGCGUUUGCGAGUGGCAGUUCAGCUCCUGGAUCAAGUGCCUUUAAUCGACGGGCAUAACGACCUACCCUGGAAUAUUCGCAAGUUCCUGCACAACAAACUCAACGACUUCAAUUUUGAUGAGGAUUUGCGCAAUGUAAUGCCCUGGGGUCGCAGCCAUUGGAGUCACACGGACCUCACGCGACUGAAGAAGGGACGCAUAUCAGCACAGUUCUGGGCGGCCUACGUUCCCUGUGAGGCGCAGCAUCGAGAUGCAGUGCAGCUGACUCUGGAGCAGAUCGAUGUAAUAAAGCGGCUGACGGAUCGGUAUUCCCCGCAGCUAACUACUUGCACCUCCGCACAGGACAUUAUCGAUGCCCACAAGAACCAGCAAUUGUGCUCCUUGACCGGCGUGGAGGGGGGUCACUCCCUCGGGGGAUCCCUGGCGGUACUGCGCACCCUGUAUGCCAUUGGGGUCCGCUAUAUGACGCUGACCUCAACCUGCCACACCCCCUGGGCGGACUCCAGCUAUGCGGACGCGCCGACCUUCAACAUGAAACAUGGCGGCCUCACCAUUUUCGGCAAGACAAUCAUCCGCGAAAUGAAUCGACUGGGAAUGAUGGUCGACCUGUCCCACGUCUCCAAGGGAACGAUGAGGGACGCCCUGGAGGUGAGCGAGGCACCUGUGAUAUUCUCGCACUCCUCCGCCUACGAGCUCUGCAACACGAGCCGCAAUGUCCAGGACGACAUCCUGCGGGCGCUGGCCAAGAACGGGGGCCUGGUCAUGGUCAACUUCUACUCGAAGUUCCUCUCCUGCAGCGACAACUCGACCGUGCACGAUGCAGUCGCGCAUAUUAAUCACAUUAAGCGAGUCGCAGGCAUCGAUCACGUUGGACUGGGCGCCGGCUACGACGGCAUUAAUUAUACCCCCAAAGGACUGGAGGAUGUGUCUUCAUAUCCGACUCUAUUUGCUGAACUUCUUGGAGGCGGCUGGACAAUUGAUGAGCUCACCAAGCUGGCUGGCGGCAACUUCCUCAGAGUCAUGCAGCAGGUGGAAAAGCUGAGGGAUGACAAAAAGGCGGCUGGCGUGAAACCGUUUGAGGAUCAUCCGAACUUCCGCACGGACGACCCCUACAAUUGUACAUCCAGCUAAUUGGGCACCGGACCCAAGAACAAUGAGGUUGUACCAGAAAUGCCGGGGAAGUACCCGAAAGUCACCGAACUCGUAGGGAAAAGCGAUGGAACUCCUGCUUCAGAUGUAUAGUAAAUAAACCUAUGUAGCAAACUUAAAAAAUAUAAACUUAACUAACGAUAUAAAUACUUACGAUUCGUAUAAGGUUUAAAUAUAUAUUUUUAAGAUACAUAAAUAUGUAAAUGCCUGAUUAUUUGGCAACGGAAAUAUCUUCCCAUUCGCCCUGGUAAUCGAAUCGAAUUUCUUUUCAUUUUGAGACAAUCUACAGACUGCCAAGGAAAAACCACACCUACUUUUAAAUUGCACCAGAGGCCCACACAAAAUUUAUGUAAAACUAAGUUAUUUUCUACCUCGAGUCCAUAUGGAAACCAGACUUUGUUAGCUCAUCUCCAACUGGACCAACGAACAAUUCACUUCUCUUCUGUGAAACUUCAAUUAUUCCACUAAUUUACAUGAAAACUACAUAUCAAGCAUGUAUUGAACUAAGAUAUUUAAUUAGCGAAAGUAUUUCAUUUAGCAUUGCGAAUCCAAUGCGAAUACUUAUGAGUGGGAAAGCAUACACUUAUAAAUAAUGAGUAAAAUAAUUGAAUACUUUCGAUUCAGUGGGAGCAGACGUAAAUGAAAUGUUUAGUUAAAUUUUUAAGCAGUUUUGGGGCGUCAAAACUGAAAGAAUAAAUAGCGUAAUAAAUACUAAAUUAGUUCGUAAGCAAAGUGUAGGCGUGGCACUGCCUGCUACACGAUCAUUGUACAUAAAUUCCGUGGAGAAUACGUAUAGGAACAAUUUAUAAUGAUAUAGAAGUUUUCCAACAUAUAGUACAUACAUACAUACAUACUACAUUCCUUUUCACCUACCACACAGAUACAUAGAUCUCUCAGUCAGUCUCUCUGUACCUUCUGAACAAAAAGAAAACAUAAGUUGAAAAUAUAGGAAAAUGAGAAAAUGUAGCCUAAGUAAACAAAUUAUACAUACUUAACAACAUACAACAUAUUGCAAGCAAAUAGCGAAAAACCGAAAAGAAACAGAACCCAAGACAAAAUCAAUAAUUGUACAUUUUCUAAACCGAAACCGAAUAAUAAACUGUAAACACCUUUAUAAAGAUUAUUAGCAUGAGAAUCUACUGUUACGUUUUGUACGACUUUGUAUGUGUAUAUAGCAUUUUUACCUAUACGCUAAUUUGUAUGGUCAUUAUAUAGUUUUCUAGCGAACGAUUCAAGCGUAUUAUUGUACUGGUGUACUGGUCUGAUGAGCAGAUUUGUUGGUAAUCACAUAGCUAUAAGUCUGGCCUGGAAGGUCGAAAAUAAAUAUCUGUAAAGUUUAUACAUAUACGAAUAUGCGUAGACCUAGGAAUAAAACCGAACUAGAAUAGAAAGACAUGCAUAUAUACACUACAGUUCGAUUCUCCAAAUGUCUUUACACUUAUUUGAUCUCCUCCUCAGUUUGAAAUUAAACAAAAGCAUACACUCAAUCUCAGACACGCAUAUGUAAAACCAAAUUGUAGUUAAAAACUUGAAAAUGGUAAAAUAAUUAGCGAAUAAAACUCUAAAGGCAAACCAA